UUAAGUAAAGCCUCCUGUAAUAUGAUGGCAGACUACAAAUAUUGCAGAAGGAAGUGAAGUGUCCCUUUAUUAUAUGAACAGAAGCAAAGUUUCGAAAAAAUGGCGGAGACCGCGGUGGGCUUGAUUGUACAUAAGUUGGCCUCAUUGUUGACGGAAGAAGCGCACUUGUUGAGAGGCGUUCACGGUGAAGUUGAGGACAUCAAAUGUGAUCUAGAAUUCCUUUUGGCUUUCCUUAAUGAUGCAGAUACAAGAGCCGAAAGAGAUCAAACGACAAGCAAUAACCACGGCGUUAAAGUGUGGGUGCAAAAACUUAGAGAAAAAGCAUUUCAGCUAGAAGAUGUUAUUGAUGAAUAUACAUAUCUCAUGGCCCAACAACAACGUCCCCACAAGCAUAGAUUUAUCGGCUUCCUCCGGAAAAGUGCUUUCUUGGUUGUAAAACUAAAACCGCGCCAUGACAUAGCAUCAAAAAUACAGAAAAUCAAGCGAAGGAUUCGAGAUAUAAAUGUGAAUAGUGCAACAUAUGGCUUUAAUGCCACUCUAGAAGGGUCUACAACUACUGCUCGAAGUAACACAUGGUAUGAUCCUCGUCAAGAUUCUUGCUUCCUCGAGGAAACUGAAGUUGUCGGUGUUCAAUCGACAAGAGACGAAUUGAUUGCAAUGGUCGAAAAUGAAUCUCCUCAACGAAAAGUGAUUUCGCUGGUGGGGAUGGGGGGUCUCGGCAAGACCACUCUUGCCCAUCAAGUAUACAUUCGCGUGAAAGGAGGAUUCGAUUGCCAUGCUUGGAUUGAAGUGUCUCAAACGUACAAUAAGGUGGAGCUGCUACAAAACUUGCUGAGGAAGUUCUAUGAGGCAAGAGAGGAACCUGUUCCGGAGAGAAUUGAUGUCAUGGAUCAGAUCACGCUGACAACAAAAAUAAGAGAUUACUUGCGAGGAAAGAGGUACUUUGUUGUUUUUGAUGAUGUUUGGAACUCAACUUUUUGGGCUGACGUUAAAAAUGCUUUACUUGACCCCAAUGAAAAGUCUGGACGUAUAAUUAUCACAACGCGAUAUGUGAAUGUUGCGAUUUUUUGUAAAGAAUCAUCAUGUGUUUAUAUCCAUGAAAUGCAAUGCCUCCCUCUACACAAUGCGUGGGAACUCUUUUGUAACAAAGCUUUUCAUUAUGACUUCCAAGGGCACUGUCCAAGCAACUUAGAAAAGUUAUCUCGGGAAAUCGUUGAAAGAUGCGGUGGAUUACCACUCGCGAUUGUUGUCAUCGCUGGUCUUCUUUCAACGAAAAACAAGACUGCAGAUGAAUGGGGAAGAUUGCUUACUAGUCUAAGUUCAGAGUUGGAGAGUAAUGAGCGUUUGACGAGCAUAGAAAAAAUAUUAUCUCUAAGUUACAAUGACCUACCUUACCACCUCAAAUCUUGUUUCUUGUAUUUUGGAAUUUUCCCAGAGGACUACUCUAUUAGGCGUAGGAGAUUGAUUCGACAAUGGAUAGCUGAAGGAUUUGUGAAUCCAAAGAAGGAUAAAACAUUGGAAGUGGUUGCAGAAGAAUAUUUGGUAGAGCUUAUAAACAGAAGUCUCGUUCAAGUAUCAGAAAUAGACCUUAAUGGAAAACCGAAAAGUUGCCGCAUCCAUGAUCUUCUUCGUGAGAUCGCUUUUAAAAAGAUGGAGGAUCUACAUUUUUGUCAAGUUUUGUCAAGAAGGGAUUCAAAGUUCAGAGGAUUUGCUCGGCGCAUAUCGAUUUACUAUUGUUCUGAUGAUGCAUUUGCGAGCCACUCUAAGACAUCUCAUGUUCGAUCUCUUUUAAUCUUUGCUAAAGAUGGAAUGCUUGACUCUCUUGGAAAUAUAAUUUCUCAUAACUUCAAGCUCCUAAAAGUUCUAGAUUUUGAAGACGCCCCAAGACUAGAUCACCUUCCAGAAGAUAUUGGAAAGUUGUUCCACCUAAGAUAUUUAAGCGUCCGAGGGACACGAGUGCAGUUUUUGCCAAAAUCAAUUAGAAAAUUGGAAAAUCUGGAGACUUUGGAUCUCAGGAAAACAUUGGUCUAUGAGCUACUUGUUGAGAUCAAUCGACUUCAAAAGUUACGACAUCUUUUGGUUCACCAUUCUGAUGGCGGCGAGUAUUUUCGUAAAAAUAUUCAAUGGGGAGUAAAAGUAAAUAAGGGAAUUGGGCUUUUGAAAGCAUUGCAAAAGUUAUAUUUUCUCGAUGCCAGCAUUGUUAAAGUUGAUGUGCUUGAAGAGCUUAGUGAGUUGAUGGAGUUGAGGAAGUUAGGCAUCAAAAACUUGAGAAGUGAAGAUGGGAAGACUCUUUGUGGUUCGAUUCAGAGAAUGGAGUACUUAGAGACCCUCGAUAUCUCAUCGUCAGUAAGCGGAAAAGGGACACUUGAUUUGGAGUCUAUGUCAUCCCCUUCAAAAUUUCUUCAACGUCUCUACUUGGAGGGUCAUAUGACAAAAUUUCCCAACUGGAUCACCGAACUUCAAAAUUUAAUUCGAAUACGAAUUAGUCGGUCAAGAAUGCAAGAUGAUCCGCUGACAUCUCUUCAAAAUCUGCCCAAUCUUUUGGAACUCGAGCUCAACAUAGAAUCAUAUUGUGGUGAGAAGCUGCACUUCGAGGAAGGAGCAUUUCGGAAGCUUAAGGUGCUUUACCUCAUUCAUUUGUACGGAUUGAAUUUGAUAGUAAUAGAGGAAGGAGCAUUGUGUAAUCUUGAAAAGUUUUACAUUGGUCCUUGCCCUCAAAUGAAGGAGCUCCCCAUUGGAUUCCAACAUUUAAGGAACCUUAAACUCGUUCGAUUUGUUGAAAUGCCAACACACUUCUUGAUGUUCCAGAAUUUUCGGAGUCUUGAACCCGUUCCAAAUGUUGGAUUCACAGAUAUAUCUCUGUUUGGAAGGAAGUUCUCCUUGAGUUUAGAGUACGUUUUAAGACUUCAAACGUACAUUCAAGAGCAUAAAGAAGUGAACUGGAAGUCCUUGCCCUUUGAAGAAGUAUUGAAGAAACUCCUGCCAUUUCGGAUAUCACACCUUCAACGAUCCAUGACAGUAUGACUUUGAGAAAGUCUCUUGUUGUGUUUAUUAAUGAGUCUUCGAUCAGCUGCAUAUACUAUCGACUAUGUUGUAUCUAAAUAUACGGCUGAGUUUAGUUGGUUUAUUAUUAUUAUUUUUUAACAAGUACUUGUGCUCUUGAGUUAAAGCAAAUCUAUGGUGGGAGUAAGAGAGCACCUCCAAUGCAAGGGCAACGCUAAAUUCGCGUGUAAUGCCAAAUUUUGACAUUUAAG